CUCCCGAGUUUUUGUGUUUAAUUUUGAUUCAGAUAAUUUAUAUCACAGAUAUCUGAACGUUUCUGAACUAGUUCUUUCGCGAUCUAGACAACCCUACUAUAUAUGUAACUUUGAACUGCUAUAAGAUAGGAUGUAAAUAAAUAAGAGCAAUUUUGUGUAUUAAUAUUUAUAUAAUGCAUUCUUAAUUCUUUAACUUAAAAACUUACUUAAAUUUAUAACUGGAUAAAUAUAUAUCCAGUUACAAAUUUAAUAGCCAUUCAAAUUACGGAAUCUUAGAAUCUUCACUAUGAAAUUCUAACCCUAUGAACCCUGUUAUUCAAUUAAAAAGAGUUUUAAAUUUAAAUUAAAUUUACUGAACAAGAUGUAUUCCAGUACAGUCGACAAUGCAUUGUUGAAGAAUAUGAGAAAUUUAUAUGUAUCUUAUAAGCAUCAUGAAAACAGUUUUGUCCUUAAUUUUUUAAAUAAAAAUGUACCAUCCACUCAUGAGCCACAGUACAAGACCAUAAAACAUGAAAAUGGUUCGGAGAUGUUGCAAUUUGCAAUAGACAGAGAAACAAUGCUUAAGAAUGUACUCACACCAGAUAUAUCAUUUGAAAAACUUCAUGCAGACUUUGAAAGAAAGCACAUUGUUAUAGACUUCAGCUCCCCGAAUAUUGCAAAGCCUUUUCAUGUUGGGCAUUUAAGAUCUACCAUAAUUGGUAACUUUAUUGCAAAUAUUAACAAAUGUUUCAAUAAUAAAGUGACCAAAAUAAAUUAUUUAGGUGACUGGGGCACACAAUUUGGAUUAUUACAGUAUGGCUUACAAGCUAAGAACAUUGAUGUUAGUAAACUUAAAAGUAAUCCAAUAAAGUGUUUAUAUGAUACAUAUGUAUAUGCUAAUAAAUUAGCAACCACUGAUGCAGAAGUACAGAAGCAGGCUAGAAAGUAUUUCUCUGACAUAGAACAGGGCAAAAUUAGUUUAGAAAAAUGGAAGGAUAUUAGAGAAAUUACUGUAGGUGAACUCGAAAAUGUGUACCAGAGAUUGGGCAUACAGUUUGAUGAAUAUCACUGGGAGUCUGACUAUAAUGGUGGAGCUAUUAAACAUAUAAUAGAUUUACUUGAAAAUAAAAAUAUAAUUACUACAGAUGUCACUGGAAAGAAAGUAGCUAAUGUAAAUAACAGAAAUGUUACUGUGCUAAAAAGUGACAACUCUACCCUGUACCUAUCUAGAGAUGUAGCUGCUCUGCUGGACAGAUAUAAAAGAUAUAAAUUUGAUAAAAUGCUGUAUGUAGUAGAUAAUGCACAAACAGAUCACUUUGCAGCUGUUCUUGAUAUAGUUAAACAACUUGAUAAAGAAUGUACAGAAGGUUGUCUACAUGUAAAGUUUGGUAGAAUAAAAGGCAUGAGCACUAGAAGUGGCAAUGUUGUCUUUCUAAAUGAUAUACUGGAUGAAGCUAAAAGAAAAAUGUAUGAAAAACAACGAGUAUCAAAAAAUACAAGAAGCACUGCCAUGAAUGAAGAGACUUGUGACAUAUUGGGGACAACAGCAGUCAUAGUGAAUGAUUUAAAACAAAGAAGACAAAAAGAUUAUAUAUUUGACUGGGAUAGAGCUCUACAAAGUGAAGGUGACAGUGGAAUCAAGCUUCAAUACCUUCACUGUAGAUUAUGGAGCCUGGAACAAAACUGUGGAAUAUCACUGCCAGAUACAUGUGAACCAAAAUGUUUGCCUGAAGAAGUUAUUGGGGAAGUUGUGGCAGAAUUAGCAAAAUUUGAGGAUAUUCUGUACAGAUCACAUGAGGAAUAUGAAGCAUGUAUCAUUGUUAAUUACUUGUUUCGUCUAGCGCGGUAUAUAAAUAAAAUGUUUAAUGAAUUAAAAGUUAUGAAUAUGGAUCCAGAUAUUGCAGCCCAGAGGCUACUAGUAUUUCACUCAGCUCGUAUUGUUGUUAAAACCGGACUAGAAAUUCUAGGAGUAAAACCAUUGAAAGAAAUGUAAAUAUGUAUUU